GCCUUCAAAUACUCAACCGAAGUUAAGGCAGCGGCAACAUCAUGAGGAGGGAGACUAGAAGUGUAAAUGAAUCCAGGACAAAAAGAACGUAUGAAAUCAACGAAAGAUGAAGAUCCUGCCGCAUAUCCACCUGUAGCGGAAUAAGAUUUAGCCAAGGAACCAGUUAUAAUAUCCACCUGGUCUGAGAUGUUAAGAGCAGCAGCAACGCCAGCGCCUUGCUCUCCAUACAUUCCAACGGCAUGAACUUCAUCAAGAUACGUUAAUGCACCGUACUUUUUUGCCAGUUUGCAAAUGGACUCAAUAGGAGCGAUAUCGCCAUUCAUGCUGUAAAUUGACUCAAAGGCAAUUACCUUUGGAGAUGAUUUUGGGUAUCUGUUCAGUUUCUCUUCUAAAUCUUUAAUGUCAUUGUGCUUAUAAAUAACCUUUUCCGCUCUGCUGUUUCGAAUCCCGUGAAUCAUGGAGGCGUGAUUCAGCUCAUCACUGAAGUAAACGCAGCCUGGAAGCCUUUGUGCCAAAGUAGCGAGUGUAGUUUCAUUAGCAACAUACCCACUGUUAAACACAAGACAGGCUUGCUUCUGAUGAAGCUGUGCUAAAGAAUUUUCCAAGUCAACGAAUACUUGGUUAUGCCCGGCGAUGUUUCUGGAGCCCGUUGAAGAAACACCGUACCGAUCAACAAAUGCAUGGAUAGCGUCAGCAAUUUCUUGGUUCGUUCGCAUUCCCAAAUAGUCAUUACUACACCAUACAUCAAUUACUUUUUCGUGAUCAUUCGUAUAUGCCUUUGGUCCUUGAUUAUUUAUGACAUGGUUGAUGUUGCUUAGCACCCUAUAGGUACUUGUUUCUUUUCUUUUUUGAAUUUCCCCAUGAAACGCUGCAUCAUAAUUGAACCCAAUUUUCGAUUCGCUUGCAAACGACUUUAUCAAUUGGUGAAACGGUAAUGCACCGAUUUUCUUUUUUUGAGUCUUGAUGCUUCUUGCACACAAUAGCAUCUUAAACACAGAUAAAUUGAAGUAAAAGAAAGGCUCCUGAAAUCUUCAAAUUGUAAAAUCCAAACCGUGAGAGUUUUUCACAAUUCCCAAAAAAUCAGUUUUGAUGAUGCUUUUGAUCUUUCGCUUAAAGUAACUUUGUUUCAAGAAUUCCUUACUGAAGCCUAUAUAAAUGAGUAGAAUUGAGUACGACCAUAAGAACGCAGCAAAGGGAAUUAUCUUAUAAGAGAAGAAUUUUUGCUUCCAAUGCUUUCGGAUUUAAACGACCGAAGGAGGUUCUCUUGCCUACCAACGGGUUCUCAGAGUUAAAAUACAGAUCCAUUAUUAUUAGUUGAAAGAACAAAUUUAAGAGCAGAGCAUUUAUCUAUGGUAGAGAUUGAGUAUAAUAUUGGAAGGAAUGCCCAACGAUACAUGAACAUCCUUUAAUCGUGCCGUGCCGUGCAACGUGAGAACUAGUGGAUAUUUAGACGCAUACUCUUCUUCCUCUUAAACUAGUUAAAAAUUUCUUCAUGUCCUCAAAACUACUGUCUCGAGUUCAAUGUAAACAAUUGCGGAGCAAGAUAAUAGAGCCCUCUGGUUUGCUUCCAAGUUUCCAAGGUCAUCAAGCUAUAGGUUGGUCAGGAUUUACUGGAGUCGAUUAUCCUUUACAAUCGUUAGAGCCAUUGAUACACGAGGUCAGGUCGAAUUCAUCGUACGCAAAACCUGUGUUCGAUUUAAGGGUAUGCUCGUCUGGAGGUACGGCGACGGAGUCGACUUUGGCAGAGCUAGGCAUGGUCUCUAGCCGAUCGCCUUACCAAGUAAGCAAAGCAAUAAACAAAGGUAUAAACAAUAAAAGGAUACAAUUUCAUGACCACUCGCUUAUAGAUUUCGCGGAACAGCUGACUUCUGGACAUUUGGGUGCCAAAAAUGGAAAACCCCAAUCCUUAAGUAUAGCAAUCGUGGAAGCUACAGAGAUCACGGAAGAGGGAGAGCUUGUUCCUGGAGCUUCGGUAGGUGUGACACCUGAAUUAAUUCAAGUAGCUGAAAAGGUGAUUGUCGAAAUAAAUACUAACAGUCCAUCGCUUCGAGGGAUCCAUGACUUGUAUGUGCCUGCUUUACCUCCCAGUCGAAGCCCGCUAAACCUAUGCACCUCUUCAGAUAGGAUUGGAAAAAGUACAAUACCUCUGGAUCCUAAGAAAGUGAUUGGAAUUGUAGAGGGAUUUCAUGGGAAUUUUCCAAAUCGUACGGAAUCAGGAACUAGUAUUACCAAAGCAAUUUCCCAGCAUAUCAUAGAAUUUUUUAAGCAUGAAGCUCGUCGAGGAAGACUUCCAGACAAUUUACAUCCAAUCCAAUCUGGAAUUGGUGCCAUUGCAAACUCUGUUGUUGAAGGACUUGGUAAUUCUUCCUUCCGUAACCUUCAAGUUUGGACUGAGGUUUUACAAGAUUCAUUCUUAAGACUAUUGGAAUCAGGAACUGUUCAGUACGCAUCAUCCAUGUCUCUUCGUUUCUCUCCUCAGGAGUUGGAAAAUUUUUACAAACAUUGGGAAUUUUACAAAAAUCAUAUUAUUCUUCGCCCUCAGGCAAUCACCAAUAGUCCAGAGAUAAUUCGCCGAUUGGGAUGUAUUUCUUUAAACACGCCCGUUGAAGUAGACUUGUAUGGACAUGUGAAUAGCACCUGUGUUAUGGGAAGUCGGAUGCUCAACGGUAUUGGCGGAUCUGGAGAUUUUAUGAGGAAUGCAAAGCUUAGCAUUAUGCACACUCCUUCCGUAAGACCAUCUAAAAUAGAUCCGGUGGGUAUUUCUACCAUAGUUCCAAAAGUGACACAUGUCGAUCAUACAGAACAUGAUAUUGAUAUUGUUGUUACAGAGCAAGGGUUGGCGGAUCUUCGUGGUCUAUCACCAAGAGAAAGAGGAAGGGAAAUCAUUGAGAAGUGUGCUCAUCCUGUUUACCGUCCCAUCCUGAUGAAUUAUUUUACUUUGGCAGAAUCUGCAUGUCUAAAAGCAAAGAUGGGACACGAGCCCAUUCUUUUGGAUAAAGCCUUCAAAAUGCAUACUUCUUUUCUUGAAAGAGGAAGCAUGAAAAUUUCAUCUUGGUAAUCAUGUUAAUCACCUGUCAAUUGCCUUGCAACUGACAGCAGUGAUGAUUGGUGACAAGUAUAAUUGACUAUUUACGAAUUUUGACUUUGUAGAAGGUGAAUUGUAAGAUAUAUAAGCAAAGGAGAAUGUCUAAAAGGUUUACGAUUUGUGAUCCGUGAAGGCUAUGACUAACUUUCGUUGCAUUUUCAAGGGUAUUGUAUCACAAAAUGGAUUGGGGCAUUAGGGACUUCAUAUUAAAAAACUGGCUUGCCUUUUAUAUCUUCUGGUUCUAUCACGUACUUUGAGCAGCUCAGGAAGUGCCUUUUAAUACGUUUCGGUUUUUGUUGGAAAUCUGGAUAUGUUUUAUUUCUAAAGAAACAAAAAGUAAUGUACUAGUAUAAAUAAAAGAAAUCCAAAAAAAUAUCUUCGUCUA